AUGCAGAAUAAGAAGAUGAACGUCGAAGUGCGCACAGAACGUGUACAUAAGACAAUGGCAAUGUUAGAGGAGCGUUACCGCAACUCAGACAAGGAACUUAUACACUUCCAAAUCCUCAAAGUACAAAGCUACCUCGCACUGAAGUACUGUGGAUUGCAAUCAGUUGUAGACAUCCUAAUCAAAGGAUACAAGCAACCGGAUGCAAGCGAAGGACACUUGUCUGACAUAGAACAGACCAAGUUUCAUACUAUGACAGAGACACACAUAAGAACAGCGUCUGUGACACAAGCAGAGCGUAUGUUGCGGGAUCAGACGCGAGCAGCAAACAAGCGCAAUAACGCACAGACAAACGCGCAGGUGGAGGAUUACUCUACAAACGCUAACAAACGGCACAAGCCAGAUGAUGGUGCACACCACCAACACAGGCAAGGGGGGCAGACACAGAAAAAGAAAGGAGCACGCGAAGAGUGUGCAUGCCCCUGUUGUCAGAAAAUGCCAUCACCACAUAGGUACAGCGAAUGUCCUGAGAAGAAAACAAAUCAAGCCAAGAAGGCUGAGCAGCGAGCCAAAAAAGAUGUGCAGAUAGCAAGACUGUCCAUUACGUCUGACAAGGUGGAAGACAUUACAGAAGGUAAUGAGCACUGA